AUAUUUUGGCAGUAGACCAACACUAAUUCUGAAAUAUAGAAUAGUGAAAAUAGAUUUUCAGAUUUAUCACUUUUCAGUUUGAAUUCAUCAUCGACAGUUGUCUGAAAGACUCCGUGAACAAAACUUGUAAUUUGAAGUGAAAAGAAUCGAUAAAAGAUUCAACUUUUUGACGCAAUUAAAGCUUUUGAGUUGAACAAAAUUCUUAAGUUUGUCUAAGAUUGAUUUGACCAAAUCUAACUUUUAACCCCUUUAUUUGCACAGUAAAAGUAACAUCGACCGCGCGAUCUCAGAAGUUUGCAGUUUGCUUAAAUUGACUCCUUAGCUUUGGCAAAAUAUUUGCUCUUUCGCUUACAAAAUAUCAUUCAGAAACAGUGAACUUUCUGAAACAGGACCCAAUUGAAAAUAAUAUCAAUUUAAAGAGUCAUCAUAGCUGACCUUUGCUUGUGCAUCGAACCCAAAACUUCCAAAAUUGAACAUUUUGGUUUAAAUUCCCUUGACUCGAAUUGAGUUAUUUGACUACAAAUUUGACUUUCUCCGAGAAAAAUUAUCUCAAACUUUGCUUCGAAAAUGAGCGGCGACGAUAACUACAACGUGGGCGGUGAUUCGAAAAUGUCCUCGUUCGCGCUGACUUACGAACUUCUGACAAGUGCCGAGAUCCCCUCGGUCGACAAACCGAACUUGUUGGCAAAAUCUCAAUCUUGUUCCGUGAAUUCUCAAUCUCCUCACAAUCGAACAUCAAUUUCGAGUGACGAAAAUAGACAAACAGGACUCGUUUCGAACCCGAAAUGUGUCGUGGAUUCUGUGACAUGGGUGGUUCACUUGAGCAUAACAGAGCUCCAGUUUUUUGAAUGCAACAAUACGACUAAGGAAUGGAUGUCCAUUUCACGAGUGGCGGGGGGACCUAUCGCCUUCAAGUACCAGCUGUCAAACCUUCUAUACUACAAACUUAUCGGUUCGGAUCUUCAGUUACAGUUCGUGACACCCGAAUCGGGACACAAAUACAGACUCGCGAAGACAAUUCGCAUCUCGGGUUUCGCAUCGGACCAACAUUUGUACCAGUGGGUUCAACAAUUGGACUAUAUCGGAAUGGUCCGCAGACGACCGAAACACCUGGAGUUUAUCGUGAACCCAGUUUCGGGUAAAAAAGACUCGAGGAAAUAUUUCUCCAAAACAGUCGAACCUCUUUUGAAGUCGAUGGGAAUCAGCUAUGUAAAGCACGAAACAGAGCGAAAAGGGCACGCCACAGAAAUCUGUCAGAAUCUCAACUUGGCGAGCAUAGAUGGAAUAAUUGUGUUGGGCGGCGACGGAACGGCUAAUGAAGUGACUUACGGGUUGACUGAUUUUUCGGCUAAGAGCGACAGGAACAGUCAUGGUCUGAAAACAACCACACGAAUUGGAAUCAUUCCGUGCGGAACUUCGAAUAACUUGUCCUACGCAGUCCACGGCGGCGCAGAUCGGCUAACUGCUCUUCUGUUCGCACUACUCGGUCACAGUGUGAACGUUGAUUUAAUGACUGCACGAAAACCGGAUUCAGACUCACUAUUAGGCAUCGCAAUGACUAUGAUAGCCUACGGUUUUAUAGCCGACUCAAUCAAAGAGAGUGAGAAGUUAAGGAAACUUCCUGGAACUCUAGGAUAUUCAAUCUCGUUCCUUAGAAGUAUCCAGAAAAUGAGAAAAUAUCCAGGCACUGUACAUCUCUCCAUGGCAGGUCCUGAUGAUAUAACACCUCACAACUCGCCACCCUGCAAAGCGAAUUGUCAACACUGCCGAAGUUCUCCGGAACAAGAUCCGGAAAGUAGCACUCAAAUCACGCUCCAAGAGUCCAAGAUUUUCGGCUUACAGAUACAUAAUCAUCCUGGAAUCUGUGAACUAGCUCCUAGGGGCGCUACUUUGAAUGCCCACUUGGGCGACGGAUGUAUGGACGUUUUAUUGACUCGAGAUCUGAAGCAGAAAGAAGCUAUAGCAAUGUUGAAAGAAGUGGGAAAGAAAGACGGACAAAACUUACCUUUCGAUUUCGUGGAAGCAAGACGUGUUAAUAGAGUUAUCUUCAAAGCAGACGAGAGCAACCAAAGUUGCUGGAUUUUGGACGGUGAAGUAAUUGAGACUCCUGACAUAGUGAUAAGCAUUCACAAACAAGCAGUACCUUUCUUUGGACGUGGCGUUGAACCCGAACUAUCAACACUAAAAAUCGGAUGCAUGAAAAGCUUUUGCAGUUGCUCUUAAACUCAAGCCCGAGUUCUUAUAAAACUACCAUAACUUCAUCCGCUGUGUAGUGCUAUAAAAUAAAUUGUUUCAAAUGUUGAAUUCGAAGCAUAUGCUGUGUUUUGAUACCUUGAAUUUAGUUGUUUUAAAUCAAAGAGAGCUUUAUGAAUUUAUAUUUUUGUUAUUAA